UCUACAAAUAUUUUCAUUAUCAACCAGCACUUCAGUCUGAAAGCAACACAAGAAAUUUAUCAAGUUUAUUAAACAAUUUAAAAAAAGUUUUCAAAUUUAUUAUACUAUUCUAAUAUUCAAGAAUGGGCGAAGAAGGAGCAGCAACCCCAUCACCAGCACCACCAAAGACAACCACAUCAGGUGCCCAGGCACUCUUCCAGACCAAUGCUUGGCUAACUGCAGCUGCAGUUGCCGUCUAUACCACUAAGGCUUUGUGGGUAAAGCUCCGAGAGAUGGGAUUUGGAAAGGAAAAGAAGGAAGACAAUAAGGAGGGUGCCAAUACAGAUUCCAAUACUGAACACGCUAAUGCAAAUCUAGUUGAUGACUCGUUUCCAGAGGAUCUGGAUCAGGAAAUCGAUCAGCCGCAGUCCAAAUUGCACUCGCAGUUGCAACUGAAUAAUGUUGAAGUAUCCUAGGUCCAGCAUGGGUAACAAGAUGAGGACACCGUUUGAUGAAUUGCAUUUUGCAAAAAAUGCCAAAUUUUUUUUGUUUUCAAAAUUUUAAUUUAUUGGUUUCUGCUACGGUUUCAUGUGAUUUUUGUCUCAUAUGAAUAAAAAGUAAAUAAUGGCGCAACAAAA